AUGUCUUCUCACAAGACUUUCAGGAUCAAGCAAUUCAUGGCCAAGAAACAAAAGCAGAAUCGUCCCAUUCCCCAGCAGAUUCAGAUGAAAACUGGCAAUGAAAUCAGGUACAACUCCAAGAGGAGGCACUGGAGAAGAACCAAGCUGGGUCUGUAA